GACUGAAGAAAGCAGCCGAGACUCCUCCUCCUGCAGAAACUACCUCCUAACUGAAAGUGAAGGAGACAUAGCCUAGCUCCGCUCCAACUGCAUAGGACUCAGCACUGCACGAACCGGCACUAAUUGAUCUUAAGAAAAAAAAAAAAAAGCAAUAUGAGCUACCCUGGCUAUCCUCCUAUGGGUGGUUUCCCCCCUGUACCCUCAGGUAAUAACCCGUGGGGAGUGCCCGGUAAUCCUCCUCCGAUAGGGUUGGAUAUGGGAGGAUUUGCUCAGCAAUCCAACACACAGCAGUAUGGGUUUGGACCAAAUUUUCCACCAGCUGGUUUCGGAGGCAUGAAUCCACAGCAAGGUAUGUACCCACAAGGUGGUAGUGGAGGGUACCCAUCUGCUCCUGGUGGUGGUAGUGGAGGGUACCCAUCUGCUCCAGGUGGUGGUAGUGGAGGUUAUCCAUCUGCUCCAGGUGGGUAUGGAGCUCCACAACAGCCUGGAAUGCCUCAAGGUCCUUAUGGAAUGUACCCUAGUCCUGGAGACCAACAAUCAGGGAUGCCAGGAUAUAACCCCGGAUAUCCAGGAGCACCACUACCUGGUCAACCAAUGCCUACUCCUGGUCAACCACCCAUGCCAGCACCUGGCCAGCCACCCAUGCCAAUGCCAGGACAGCCACCAAUGAACUAUCCAGGACAGGCACCUAUGCCAAACUACCCUUCAGGUCAAACAAUGAAUCCCUCUAUGCCAUCAUAUCCAACACCUGGAGCGCCAUCACCAGGAAUGCCAACUGCUCCUUCAUUUGUGAUUGGCAAGCGGGGCACAAUCACAGAUGCGCCAAAUUUUGAUCCUCUCAGGGAUGCAGAAGUACUCAGAAAAGCAAUGAAAGGGUUUGGAACGGAUGAACAAGCCAUUAUUGAAUGUCUGGGGAGCCGAUCCAGCAAGCAGAGGCAGCAAAUCAGCUUGUCUUUCAAAACGGCGUAUGGAAAGGACUUGAUCAAAGACCUGAAGUCUGAGCUGUCUGGAAACUUUGAGAAGACGAUUCUUGCAAUGAUGAAAGCUCCAUCUUUGUAUGAUGCACAAGAAAUCCAUGAUGCCAUUAAGGGUGCAGGCACAGAUGAGGAAUGUCUCAUUGAGAUCCUGGCUUCACGGCCCAAUGUAGAAAUCCAGGAAAUUAACAGGAUAUACAAAACCGAAUUCAAGAAGACCCUCGAACAGGCAAUCAAGAGUGACACCUCUGGCCACUUCCAGCGGUUGCUAAUUUCUUUAUCUCAGGGGAACAGAGAUGAAAGCACCAAUGUGGAUAUGACCCUUGUUCAGCGUGAUGUACAGGAACUGUAUGCAGCUGGAGAGAAUCGCAUGGGGACAGACGAGUCCAAAUUUAAUGCCAUCUUGUGUUCUCGCAGUAGGACUCAUCUUAAUGCAGUGUUCUCUGAAUAUCAGCGGAUGUGCAAUCGUGACAUUGAGAAAAGCAUCUGUCGUGAGAUGUCUGGGAAUUUGGAGAGCGGCAUGCUGGCAGUGGUAAAAUGCCUUAAAAACACCCCAGCCUUCUUUGCAGAGCGACUUAACAAAGCAAUGAGGGGCGCUGGAACGAAGGACAAAACUCUGAUCCGAAUCCUGGUGUCCCGUAGCGAGGUGGACCUGCUGGAGAUCCGCAAGGAGUAUAAAAGACUUUAUGGCAAAUCUCUGUACACAGAUAUUACGGGAGACACAUCAGGAGACUACAGGAAGAUGCUCUUGAAACUGUGUGGUGGAAAUGACUGAAUGUAGCCUUCACUCUUUUGUAUGAGAGCAUAUCUCUGUCCAUUCUUAUCUGCAUUGGGGAGUUUGAUAAAAAUCAAGAUUUCUGUAUGAUGGGCAUCCAACUCUUUAAUCAUAAUUUUCUGGUGCAACAUGUUGCUUUAGUAGGAGACUUUGUCACUAUAAAGUCUUUGGACAUACACAUAAAAGACUCUCAUGCAUACAUCUCUUCUUGGUUUUGUCUUGAUUACAAUGUCCUUACUUCCUUAUCUCCAUCAUAUUUUCUGGCACAAUAUGUCUGCCACACUGUUACCAUUUCAUUUCUGUGACAGAUUGUUGCUCAGUUAUAUUGCCAUUCAUUUGCAGUCUGUAGAAAUGCAGGUUACUCACUCAGGUGUAUAAGAGCCCAGCCUGCAAGACACAUCUACUUUUCAAGUUCUUUAAAUGUUUCUCCCCUUGUGUUAAUAGUCAUUGUAGAUCAGGACCCAUGAUGGCAAUCAUAUUGUUUUUCUUAACUUGUCGAAACAUGUCAAUACACAAAGGAAUUAUUUGUUUUAAGAUGGUGCCUGCUGUUAAUAUCUCAAAAUUUUAAAAGUAUGUUUUAAUCUGUGACAAAACCAACACGGUUAUAAUACAUUACAUAAACUGAAUAGUGAUAUGUUAUCUGGUGAUCACCUCGUUGUCACUACCGAUAUAUAGUUAGUGUGCGUGAACUAUACAGUUGUUUUCGUCUUUCUAUUCAUUGUAGUGUAUUGCGAGACAUUACACACCUUUUUCUCAGUGCUAACACAAGGCUUAAUUAAAAGGAUACUCAAGGCACCAAAACUACUACAUCUCAUUGUAGUGGUUAUGGUGCUAUCAGUCUAUGGAAUCUCUUAGUCAAUCAUUGCUAUACAGGUUAGGCGGAACUAACACUAAAUAGGGUAGUAGUGUAGUUUCUGCAUUAUUGUUGCAGAGGACGCAAGCUGUAGGUGUCAAAAACCCUCUCAAAUAAUUGGACCCUAUACACUUUAAGCACCAUAAUCACUACAUUGAUUUAUAAGUUGAUUAUGGCGCUUAGACUGUUUUUUUAAUUCCAUGCCUAACGGAAAAUGUCGAUCAUUUCUUUAUAAUUAGGACUAAUCAUGGGCGCAAAGGCCAUAUACACUUCCACAUUUGUUAAUGUAUUGAACCACUUAGUGAAAUAUUAUAGCCAUACUCAUGAGACUGUGGGAAUGCCUGCCUGCUCGUGCUUGUAAUUCUUAAUUGCUUAUUUCCUUUGUUUUUAAUAGAUGGGUCUGCAUUGUUUUAGAGUGCAUUCCUGGCCCAGCUGGAGAAUGGCAAUGUUUGUCUACUCAGAGCCUUACCAAAGCUUUUAUAUAUAAAAAAAAUCUAUGCAGAACCCGUUUUUAUACUCUAAACCAAGUGCAAGUGUAUGUGCCUAUUUUAUAUUAGCUAGUGUGUGUUUUUUUUGUUUUUCAGAAUUUUAAUCCGAUUUUAUAAACCUUUUGCAAUACAGAAAAAUAACUUUCAGGGGUUGAGUUGAUUCAGUUGAGGAAGUGCAUUAGUCAAGGUCUGAAUGCUAGAUGGAGUGAGCUAUGUCAUAAAUGGUUGUCUUUUCAAGAUAUAAUGUAUCUGUGAUUGUUUGCAAAAUCAUUUUACAAUUGUUAGAUAUGCACAAAUGCUGUUGGUGUGGAAUUAAAAUAUAUGCGCUAUCCAAGAAA